UCAGAAGGAUCAUCCCUCUUAUUUCCUGCGUUGUCUCUUCGGUCACUAGUUUUUCCCUUUAGUCGUCGCUGUAGCGGAUUCAUUUAUCUUUAUUGACUUUUUUCAUUUAAAGUAUGUAGUUUGAUGGCUAAUUCUUGAGUUUUAUGUGUCGUUGUCUCCUCCACUCUGACUUGACGGCUGGUUUGUGAUGACAGUGGCUAACUAUGCUAACCCCCCGUAAACGCACACAGAUGUAGACUGACUCAGGUUUAAAACACAUUUUUUCUUCUGUCGUGUUGGACUUUUUAUAAAGAGGACAGACGUGGCAACUGUGGCCUUUUUUUUUCUACAAAGCACACAGUUUACGAUCUGCUAUUAAACCCUCUUACAGCUGUGGUACUUAAGUAAACACAGUGCCACACUUUCUGUCCAGCAGCCUGCCAGUUUUUAACAUCAGCAGCAAAAAUGAUGGACUUUGACAAUGUUUUAUCUAUUGCUACUCAAAACAAGGGAGGGAGCAAUGUACAGAAAAGAUACAGCUUACAAACUGGUCCACCAAAGAAAGAUCCCAAGUCUAAAGGAGUGAACCCUGCUGCAAUACAGGCCCUCCUGAAAAAGCAACAGACAGACAGCAAGAAGAAAGAAAUCGAAAUGAGGAAACAGAAAGAAGAGCUCUUGGCCAAAAGGGUUGAGCUGAAAUCGGACCGCAAAGCCCGAGCUAUGGCCUCCAGAACUAAGGACAAUUUCAGAGGUUACAACGGUGUCCCGGUUGUAGAAACUCCCAAAAAAAGAAGAACGAAGCAAGAAAUGGAACAAGAAAGAAAUAACGAUAGUCAUUCAGAUAAUUUUAGAAACAACGUAAUAGACCCUGAAGACGAUGAAGAUAAUUACGAAUAUGAGCAAACAGAUUCUGAAGGAGAGCCGGAGCCACCAAGAAACACUUUUAAUAAUAGCAGUUCUAAGUCCUCAGUUAAACCAAGUUCGGCUCCAAAAUCUGCUCCGUUUAACUUCGCAGACUUACUUAAGCUGGCGGAAAAAAAACAACACGAACCAGUUGAGUUGAAACCUAAGAUCGUAAAAAAGGAAGAAAGGCUCCGUACGGCUGACGAAAUAAGGGAACUGGAACUAGAACGUAAGGCUAAAAAAUUAGAUAAAUGUGUGAAGGGGGAGAGGAAUUUGAAAGAUGGUAUGUCUCACUCGAGCUCAAGUUCAUCUAAAGCCACCCUUGAAAAAAAUAAAUUACAGAAGCCAAGAAUAUCUGGCAGUACGGAUAAGCAAUUACCGAGGCAAGAAAAGAAUAAUAAAGUAAACUCUUCUUCUAAAUCAAGUGUUAAUGACAGAGAUAAACUUAAUCUGUCUCAUAAAGAAAAGGACAGAAUCAAACCAGGGUCAUCUAGUUCAUCCAGCAAUAAAAUGUCAUCGAGACCUUCGAAUUCUGAAGUUUCAACUAAACAAAUGGGGACCAAACUUUCAUCUAGCCACAAAUCAUCAGCCUCAAAUAACCUUAGUGCCAAAAAAGAUAACUCCUUGUUACAUAAAGGAAGAUCUGAGGCCUCUCCUGGAAAUCGUCCUUCUAGUUCAGCUUUAUCGAGUCAAAAAAAUCAGCCACAGAAAAAAGAACUGCAAAGACCAGGAGUGAAUGCGAAUGUAAAAUCAAAUGUUACACCCAAACCAGGACUGAGCAGCUCGAGUAAACUAGGUCAUCCUCAGGCCAGACCAGGAGGCCCACCCCAAAUGAAAUCUGGAGUUCGGCCUGGUGCCAGUGCGGGCAGACCUCAGACAGUUGGGCAAAGCAGACCUGGUAAUGGGCCAACUCCAGGGAGACUGUCUGGCAGUGUGGGAGGUGGAGCUGGAGCACCCAGAUGUACUGUUGUGUCAGAAACUAUCUCAUCCAAGAAUGUGGCAGGGGGUAAAUCCGGUCCUCCACCACGGCCUGGAAUGGGGCAGCAGCAAAGACCUGGCAUGGGGCAGCAGCAAAGACCUGGCAUGGGGCAGCAGCAAAGACCUGGCAUGGGGCAGCAGCAAAGACCUGGCAUGGGGCAGCAGCAAAGACCUGGCAUGGGGCAACAAAGGCCCGGAAUGCCACAACAGCGUCCAGGAAUGGGGCAACAGCAAAGACCUGGAAUGGGGCAACAAAGACCUGGCAUGCCACAACAAAGACCCGGAAUGGGGCAACAGAGACCUGGAAUGCCCCCAAGGCCUAUGAACAGACCCCCAGGUCCGAUGUUACCGCCCAUCACCUCUGCGUACAAGAGGAAAUUUGAGGACGAGGAAGACGAGUAUGAUUCUGAAAUGGAUGAUUUUAUUGAUGAUGGUGACGAUGAUCCAGAAGACAUUUCCCAACACAUUAAGCAAAUUUUUGGCUACGACCGAAACAAAUUCAAGGAUGAAAGUGACUAUGCACUACGAUUUAUGGAGAGCAGCUGGAAAGAUAUGCAAAAGGAGGAGGCCAGAAGUUUGAGAAUGGCUGUACAGGAAGAUCUCGAGGAGGAGAAGAAAGAAGAGGAGGAAAUGAAAAGGAAAAUGGCCAAAAAGCCCAGAAAAAAGUGAUACCAGCGAUCCAUGUCUAAAUCUGGUCUUUCCUCGUAUUCGCUCAUGAACCUUGUGUCCUUCACUUCCAACAAUGUGUGGACUGUGGACAUUGGACAUUUUAGCAAAAAGCAUAUAAUGUAUUUGCAAAAACAUGGUGAAAGCGAUUUAAAAUUCUCAUAUUUAUUUUUCUUUCUGACUUCUGUGCUAACGUAGCGUGUGCUGAAAGGACAUGUUCUCCACACGGAUGUACAGAUUAAUAUAAAAUGAUUUUUAGAUAAUGGCAUUAAAUGUCUUUUGCAAUGACAUGCUAUUUUUGACUUGAAGUUGUUGCAUAUUUUUCAAUUAUUAUAAAUACAUUUUAAUUAUGCAGACAUAUUACAGAAGAUUGACAAUAUUUAAAAAGCAUUUAAGUGAUUAUUUAAUUUAUUUUCAACAUAUGUAUCCUGGCAGUUCUUUAUACAAAAUGGACUAUUGCUUUGUAUAAAAACACUUGACCUGA